ACGGCUCUGCGGCUUGGAGAACUCGGACUCUGUCUUCAGCCAGGCACACGCUCCCUGCCAGCACCAUGUCUUACUCCUGCUUCCUGCCCAGCUUCAGCUGCCGCACCAGCUGCUCCUCCCGGCCCUGCCUGCCCCCCAGCUGCCACAGCUGCACCCUGCCCGGGGCCUGCAACAUCCCCGCCAACGUGGGCAGCUGCAACUGGUUCUGCGAGGGCUCCUUCAAUGGCAGAGAGAAGGAGACCAUGCAGUUCCUGAAUGACCGCCUGGCCAGCUACCUGGAGAGGGUGCGUCAGCUGGAGCGGGAGAACGCGGAGCUGGAGAGCCUGAUCCGGGAGCGGUGCCAGGAGCAGGACCCCUUGGUGUGUGCCAACUACCAGGCCUACUUCCGGACCAUCGAGGAGCUCCAGCAGAAGAUCCUGUGCACCAAGUCCGAGAACGCCAGGCUGGUGGUGCAGAUUGACAACGCCAAGCUGGCCGCAGACGACUUCAGGACCAAGUAUGAGACUGAGCUGUCCCUGCGGCAGCUGGUGGAGUCGGACAUCAAUGGCCUGCGCAGGAUCCUGGACGAGCUGACCCUGUGCAAGUCUGACCUGGAGGCCCAGGUGGAGUCCCUGAAGGAGGAGCUGCUCUGUCUGAAGAGCAACCAUGAGCAGGAAGUCAACACCCUGCGCUGCCAGAUCGGAGACCGCCUCAACGUGGAGGUGGACGCUGCCCCCACCGUGGACCUGAACCAGGUGCUGAACGAGACCAGGAGUCAGUACGAGGCCCUGGUGGAGACCAACCGCAGGGAAGUGGAGGAAUGGUUCACCAGGCAGACCGAGGAGCUGAGCAAGCAGGUGGUGUCGAGCUCGGAGCAGCUGCAGUCCUACCAGGCGGAGAUCAUCGAGCUGCGCCGCACGGUCAACGCCCUGGAGAUCGAGCUGCAGGCCCAGCACAACCUGAGAAACUCUCUGGAAAACACGCUGACGGAGAGCGAGGCCCGCUACAGCUCCCAGCUGUCCCAGGUGCAGGGCCUGAUCACCAACGUGGAGUCCCAGCUGGCCGAGAUCCGGGCUGACCUGGAGCGGCAGAACCAGGAGUACCAGGUGCUGCUGGACGUCCGGGCCCGGCUGGAGUGCGAGAUCAACACGUACCGGGGGCUGCUGGAGGGUGAAGACUGCAAGCUGCCCUGCAACCCCUGUGCCACGACCAAUGCAUGCGGCAAGCCCAUCGGGCCCUGCGUCUCCAGUCCCUGUGCACCCUGUGCCCCUCCUGUCCCCUGCACCCCCUGUGUCCCACGUCCCCGCUGUGGGCCCUGCAACUCCUUCGUGCGCUAG